AGCUGUGCAAUGACAGCUUUUAAGGGAAGGAAGAACAGACUGUGUAAACUCAGAAGAAGAAGUUAGAGAACACUUCCGAUCCAACAUUCUAAUGUAAUGCAUGUGGUGGGUAUCCACAGUUCCUGACUUUUCUUUAUAUGCUACAGUUUACAGCUUUCUCUUUACACAUAGCUGAAGCGGAUUAACAAAUGUCGGUGCUGGAUGUGAACAUGAGACACACUCUGCUCUGGGUGCUGGGGGUUUUCUUGCUCCUCUACUGUGGACAUGCUCAAGAUGCUGUGUUGACCAUUGAACCAAACUGGUCCACUUUGUUUACCGGAGAGUCUGUUACCUUCAUAUGUGACAUGAGGGAAGGAAAAGACACCGACUGGUAUUACGCAGUCUGGAAGGAUGACAGGCCUGUCCUCACUGUGUCUCCAUCAUGGCUGAGUCCUGGAGCCUCAGUAACUCUGAACUGCAGUGUUAAAGAUCCGUCUGCAGGAUGGAGGUUCUACUGGUAUAAGGCUGUUCCUGAUCUGUCACACAUCUCCUACAACUAUGAUCUGCUACCUGGCAGCACCACUGGGACUGACCAGGAGUCCUACAUCGUUGAUGGACAGACACACACAGCAGGAUAUGUGUGCAGAGCUGCAAGAGGAAACCCAGUGUUUUACACUCGUUACAGUGGACCGAUGUUUGUCUGGUCUGGAGAGUCUGUUACCUUCAUAUGUGACAUGAGGGAAGGAAAAGACACCGACUGGUAUUACGCAGUCUGGAAGGAUGGUGCAGAAUUUCUCCCCUUGAGCUCACAUAAGAGACGUACUUUACAACCACUAGCUACAGGUCACAGUGGUGAAUACCAGUGCAUUGGUGAUAACAUGUUCUCGCCAUCUACAAGAAAAGAAAGUAAUAAAGUCUCUCUAACUGUAUCAGCACAACCAAAGGCCCGACUGAGCAAGAACGUUGCAGGGGACAAAGUGACCCUGACCUGCUCUGUGAAUCCAUCAUCAUCAUCAUCAUCAUCGUCGUCGUCAUCAUCCUCAUCCUCAUCAUCAUCAUCAAGUGGUUGGAACUACGACUUCUGUUUCAGAAGACAGAAAGCCUCUGAACCAGUGACCAAACAAGAUGUUCUCUCAAAUGAAAUGAUCCGUGUCUCAGUAGCAGGAGUCUACAGGUGCAGAGGAGGAAGAGGAGAGGCUGUUUACUACACAGAGUACAGCGAUCCAGUCGGUAAAGCAAAUAGGAGGAAUAAUGAGCUAACAGAGAGCGCUGUUUACUCGACUGUGAAGAAGGCUUCAGCUGCAGUGUCAAACAGGAUCUUUGUGGCCCUGCAACACAACUGGACUCAGAUAUUCAGCGGGGAGACUAUCGCUGCCAGAUAUCAGUCCCGGCCACCCUGCAUGUUUGGCUUGCUGUCCCACUUUCUGCCAUCCAUCAAUUUUUUUUCUUUUUUCACCACAGAGUGUGAUAGACCAGAAAAGGAAACAGACGUUCCUCUCCCCACAGAGAUGGCUGGUGGUCGCCUCCGAUGCUUGAGCUGCUUCUUGGCAUACAGUGUCCUGCUCCGGAUUGGGGUCUGCCUCCAUGAGACAAGGGCUGUUGUGACCCUGCAACCCAACUGGCCAAAGAUAUACAGGGGAGAGACGAUCGGCCUCAGAUGUGAGAUACAGAAUGGAGGAGACAAUACGUGGGAGUAUGAAUGGACAACAACCAGCUCAAAGAAACCAGACAGAGAAUAUAGAUUUAAAGCUCAUAUCAUGCACAGUGGAUCCUAUAGAUGUAAGGGCAAAAACCAAGACAAACAGUCUUCAACAGAGUGGAGUGAUGCCUUACGACUGACAGUACAUGAAUCUACACCUGAGCCUGUCCUCACUGUCUCUCCACCAUGGCCGAAUCCUGAAGACUCGGUAACUCUGAGCUGUAAGGUUGAACAUCCGUCUGCAGGAUGGAGCUUCUACUGGUAUAAGGCUGUUCCCAUAUUCCAACCACAGAAAAACUACAUCCAUAAGCUACUACCUGGUUUGGAAAAUGGGUCUAAAAAUGAUUCAUACAUUGUUCGUGGACAGCCACACACUGCAGCAUAUUACUGCAAAGCUACAAGAGGAAGACCGGCCUAUGAAAGUCAAAUAAGUCAAUAUAGGUUUGUCUGGUCUAGAGAGAUCACCUCAGUAGCUUCUCUCACAGUGACUCCUGACAGAGUGCAACACUUAUUUGAGUCUGUGUCCCUGAGGUGUAAGGGAAACUCCACCCAGUGGAGAGUGAUGAUGUUUACUGCAACAGACCAACUCUCCAGCUGUUAUGGCUGGGGAACAAUGAACGGAUCCACAUGCAACAUUGAAAGCCUAAAAAACAGUGAUUCAGUGUACUGGUGUGAGUCUGGAUCUGGAGCUUACAGCAACGCUGUCAACAUCUCUGUACGCUUGUACAGGUCUGAAACAAGUUCAUCUCUAUUAACGCUGUACACUGCGGUCACCACUGGAGCUUUUAUCAUUCUCCUGCUCUUGCCGUAUCGCUUUAUAAAGUCCAAGGGUCCAUGCAAUGACCGAACCCCACAGUCUCAGAGCACCAAUCAGGAUGAACAGGUAAACAAGGAGGAAACUCAAGAGCACGUAUACGCUUCUCCUCUUCCAGGUGAAGAUUGUAUCUACGAAUCAAUCGGUGGUUGUAAAGACAAUGGAAAUGAUGAACAAACAGAAGAAUACAAUAAUGCCACAUUUAAUUCGAUUGAGCUCAAGAGGACUAAGCCUGAUGAUCCGUUGGAGAAGUCAGACUACUAUAAUGUGAAUCCACAUUAAACCACAGGUACAGUACAUCAGCUGUUCAUUGGCUGGGUUUAAAAU